UCGUUUUCCGUCGUUCUGCUUUGUUAAACUUCCUCCGUUUGUUGCACAAGAAUUUCCUUCUCCGGCAAGAACUGAUUCUACUUGCUUAGGUGCUUCGAAACGCUGAAUUCUCUUAUCUUGAUUGAAGUCGGUGCUGUCACCGGUAAUUGAACGUUCCGAUCAUUGGCAGAGCCGCUGAAUCUCUAGCUGGUUUCUCCUUUUCCAAGUUCGUUCGCUAUUUAUUCUGGAGUAUGGAGAGGCAUAGGUGGUUGAAGGUGGCGAUUUUUGCUUGUCUGGUCGCUUUUUCCGUCGGAAGGGAGUUUAGAUUGAACCACAAGCACAGCGGGGAUGCUAUUUCUUUCAACCAUACUCUUGCGGAAAUCUUGGUGCAAUAUGCUUCUGCGGCGUACAUAUCUGAUUUAACGGAACUGUUUACUUGGACAUGCUCAAGAUGUGAUGACCUGACUCAGGGGUUUGAAGUUAUAGAACUGGUUGUUGAUGUCCAGCACUGCCUACAGUCAUAUGUCGGAGUAUCAAAGAGUCUUAAUGCUAUCGUUAUUGCUUUUAGAGGAACUCAAGAAAACAGCAUACAGAACUGGAUUGAAGACCUAUACUGGAAGCAGCUUGACCAGAUGUACCCUGGCAUGCCGGAUGCAAUGGUGCACCAUGGGUUUUAUUUUGCUUAUCACAAUACAACAAUACGCCCUGCGAUAGUAAGUGCUGUUGAAAGAGCCAGGAAGUUCUAUGGUAACCUUGACAUCAUGGUGACUGGACAUUCAAUGGGAGGGGCAAUGGCAGCAUUUUGUGGCCUGGAUCUUGCAGUUAGCCACAAUUACCAGAAUGUCCAGGUUAUGACAUUUGGACAGCCUCGUAUUGGCAAUGCAGUAUUUGCAUCUUACUAUAGCAAUAUAGUGCCAAAUACAUUUCGAGUUACAAAUGGAAAUGAUAUCGUCCCCCAUUUGCCUCCAUUUUAUUCUUAUUUUCCUAGAAAGACAUAUCGCCAUUUUCCUAGAGAGGUGUGGCUUUAUGAUGUUGGAUUUGGAAGUUUCAUUUAUCAAGUUGAAAAGGUUUGUGAUGGUUCUGGUGAAGACCCAUCUUGUUGCAGGUCUGUCUCUGGAAAAAGUGUUUCAGAUCAUUUGGUGUACUAUGGGGUUGAGCUAAGUAGUCCAGCAUGGAGAUCAUGUAGAUUUGUAAUGGAUCCUCCACUGGCGGCAUCGUAUGGAACGACCGAUCUGAAUGGUAACAGAGUUUUCUCUAGGGAUCCUGAAAUUCCUCUUAUCAGAUUGAUUGAAGGAACCGUCCUCACUCGAAGGUAAAUCCUGGUAGCGUUCAUUCUAUGACCGAGUACUUUCUUGCCCAUGAUAAUCUUAAAGAAGACUGUGGAGGGGUCGCGUGCCAUUUGAGUUAUUUCCAACCUUGUUCGAGAUGCAAUUGUGUAAAGGCUGAUCAGUGUGGCGGUUCGGCUGGUAAAUAUCCAACCUUGUGAUAGUUAAGCUGUUUAUUUGUACAUAUGAGAAAAUGUAUAUUAUUGUAAAGAUUGUUUCACUGAAAAUUGGUAGUUUUCAAAUAAUGUGGAUAGAAGAAAAUUGCAAUAAGAUGAAACGUCGUAGAACAGCAUGAAUGUAA